GCGGAUCACAAUUCAGGCGAGAAGAAUACUCAGUCGGACUAAAUAUCCGCGUUGUAACUUCCGUUUUCAGCUGAGCUAGCCGUGGAUUGCGACAUUCCUUGUAAAGUCAGCUACAGAAACUGAAAGAUGCCGAAAAAGAAGACUGGUGCACGCAAGAAGGCAGAGAACCGCAAGGAACGGGAGAAACAGACUCGAGCCAACAAGGGCUUUGUUGACGUUGCAAAGUCCCCUUGCAAUUCAGCAAUGGAAUGUGACAAAUGCCAGAGACGGCAGAAGAACAGAGCUUUCUGCUACUUCUGUGCAAACGUUCAGAAGCUGCCCCAGUGUGGUCAAUGUGGCAAAACCAAAUGCAUGAAGUCAUCAGACUGUGUCAUCAAGCACCCAGGGAUCCACGCUACGGGGAUGGGCAUGGUGGGGGCAGUGUGUGACUUCUGUGAGGCCUGGGUGUGCCACGGGAGAAAGUGCCUCAGUACCCACGCUUGCACAUGUCCUCUCAUGGAUGCCGACUGUAUCGAGUGUGAACGCUGUGUAUGGGACCAUGGGGGAAGGGUAUACCGUUGCUCCUUCUGCCACAACUUCCUGUGUGAGGAUGACCAGUUUGAGCACCAAGCCAGUUGCCAAGUCCUGGAGGCAGAGACUUACAAAUGUGCUUCCUGCAACAGAUUGGGGCAACACUCCUGCCUGCGUUGCAAGGCCUGUUUCUGUGAUGACCAUGUGAAGAGUAAGGUGUUCAAACAGGACAAGGGUAAAAAUCCUCCCUGCCCCAAGUGUGGCCAUGAGACCCAGGAGACUAAGGACCUCAGCAUGUCCACCCGUACGACGAAGUUUGGCCGACAGAGUGGUGCUGACGAGGAUAGCUAUGGCUAUGGAGGUUAUGGAGCCUCUGGCUACGACUCCUACUGGAAGAACGUGUCAUCGCCCGGAGGAGGGGAGGGAGACCAGGAGGACGAUGGCGGAGAUGAUGAUGAUGAUGACGAGGAGGAAGAUGAGGAGGAGGAUGAUGAUGAGGAAGAUGAGGAAGAAGAGGUAGCUGACUCUCUGGCCGGUCUUAAAAUUGAAGGGACCCCAGUGAUCGAAGCAGUCCCCUAGACGGAGGUUGGUUCCCAUCACAUCUCUCCUCCUCUCCGCUUCCCAAAGAAGAGGGGACUAGAUAUAUACAAGGAGUGUGUGUGUGUGCAAUGCAUUGCAGUACACUGUAAUAAGAUGUUUAAAGUAAUAGUUCAUCACCAUAUGUGUACUGCUUGAUUGUGUCUGUAUUUGGACAUUAGCGCGUUUAAAAAAGACGGUCAGUAAUCCAGAACUUCUCUAUGGCUCUUGCCUAACAUUGGUCAAAUAUCCUUUUUAAGUUUUAGGCUAAAUAAUGUAACUCAUCAGGCAGGUUAACAGUGGCUUGUAUUCAUGGAUGCCAAGAGAAACCAGGCUUCCCCAAAUAUUUGACCAAUAAAACAUUUAAAAUGA